AUGUCAUUCACCGAAGAAACCCCGUCUGACUCUUAUCAGCCAGAAGAUACGUCGUACGUUCACCACCAGCAAAGAGCGUUAAAAAUACUUGCUAUUGGUACCGCAUACGAGGAUACAAUAUUGUAUGUAGAAAAGUUCCCGCCCGAGGAUGGCAAACAAAGAGCGCAAAAAGUGGAGAAACGAAGGGGUGGAAAUGCAGGAAACACGUUGACCAUAUUAUCACAAUUUCCGAACUUUCAGUCUUAUUUCAUGGCUUCCAUGGCUUCAGAAGAGGCAUCAAAUUUUCUGAUAAAUGAUUUCGAAAAACAUGGGAUUCAGACCUCUGCAUGUAUAUUCCGCCAGAAUGCAUUUCAUUCUCCAGUAGCAUACAUAAUUCAAGCCGAAGAAACAAGUUCACGGACAAUAAUAAAUUAUAAUAGCAUAGAGGAAUUAACCUCAGCUGAAUUCGGAGAAAAAUUUGAUGAACUUUGUGAUGGCGAAACAAUGUCAUCUCUAAUAGGCGACGUACCGUUUCAUUGGAUUCAUUUUGAAGGAAGAAACGUUGAAGAAACAGCAAAAAUGAUGGAUUAUGUUGACACGAAACCUUGGAGAUCACGGACAGUAGUCAGCGUAGAACUGGAGAAACCACAUAGGCAUGGAUUGGAACACUUAAUGCGUAGGGCGGACGUGAUAUUUUUUUCGAAAGUGUUUGCUGAGGGCAAAGGAUAUGAUCAUCCGGGAGAUUUUCUGACUGUUAUGGCUCCCGCUUGUAAAAGCACAGCCUACUUAUUUUGCACUUGGGGCGAUGCCGGAGCAUCCUGCUUUCAUAACCCGACUCAAAGAUUAUUCACGGCUCCAGCUCUUCCCAUUACAAGAGUCGUAGACACGGUCGGUGCUGGUGACACCUUUAUCGCCGGAGUCAUAUAUGGUCUUUCUCUGGGCGUGGCUCCCGAAAGUGUUCUUCGUUUCGCAUGUGAACUAGCCGGGCAUAAAUGUUUACAGAUUGGUUUCGACGAGGAAAUGAGGGGAGAAACGAAGAGACGUCACCGGCGUCAGAGAAGACGGUAUCAAGAGGAAGACGAAAAUUUCGUGAUAGAGUCCGAUAAAGUGAGGGAUGCUGAGAAUGGGAGAGGAGCAGUAGACGUAAAGAAGAAAGGAAGAAAACGUAUCGUUGGGGUGUACGACGAUAUUAAUGGGGAUAAAGAUUAUAUGGAAGACAUUUCUCAUUCUCCUCAUAGCACGCCCAGAGUUUCAUCAAAAAGAUGGACAUUUAAAUCUUUCCUUCAUCGCAAUUCCAAUUCAUCAUUAUCCGAGAAAAUAUUUCAAAAAUGGCUUCCGUUUAGAGACAAAGAGUCUAUCAAAUCAGAAUCAUCCUCUCGGCGACGCGCCGAUAAGGGCAAAAGUCGGGCAAAAGACGUACCUAACGAUUCAGAAUCACAGAAUUCGAAUGACAUGAACGGAAUGGAUGAUUAUAACUCUCACGGAAAGAGUUUUCAGGAUGCGGCUCAUGUAUACGAUGAUGGUGGAGAAUAUCAGAGUGAGGAGGAUAGUUUUGAGAGCUGUGCAGAAGAUGAACAUGGUUAUAUUUCCGCUGGCGAAACUCAUUAUUAUGAGAACGCCGAAAUCUAG